AGAAAGGCAGUCUCCGGGGCGGUGUGGCCACGUGACUCGCGGGGCGGGGCCGCGCCGCCGCUUCCAGUCGGGCUGAAAGGGCUCGCGCAGCCGGCCUGCUCGGUCCUGAGAGCGCCCACCGGACGGCCUGGCCCCGGCUCCCCUGGCCGCGCCGCGCGGACGGAGCUGCUCCUGGCUCUCGUCGGCCCCAGAAUGCUAUCUUCCUUGAGAAAUCAGAUUGUCAGGACCAGGAAGUUAACGCUGCUUUUCGUCCAUUUAGAUUCUAGGGUUGGAAAUACCAAGUAAGAAAUUCAUGUAUAUGAUGCUGGAAACUUGUAGAGACGAACUGCUUAUGACUCAAAGGCCUAACACAGGUGUAUCUUUCACGUUCUUACCAAGAAGACGACAAUGAAGAAAAUGAUGGGUCAAGACGACCAGUGGAAAACUCCCUAGGAGAGAGCCAGAGAGAUGUACACGUCAGAAGGGAGAGGUGAUCAGAGAACUCAGAAAAGGAAAGUAUAUCAUGUGUGCCCCCAGAAGGGGCAAAAGAUUUUUAUUCGUGUGCAUGACUUUACUCAGAUAGAUGGUCAGACACACCAGUGCCUUCAGUGUGAGCAGAGCUUCUGUGAAAACCUCGCUCUGAUUAUGUGUGAGAGAACCCACACUGGGGAGAGACCUUGUCGAUGUGAUAUGUGUGAGAAAACCUUCAUCCAGCGCUCAGAUCUUAUUUCACACCAGAGGGUCCACAAUUAUGAGAAACCUUAUAAAUGUAGCAAAUGUGACAAGAGCUUCUGGCACCACCUAGCCCUUUCAGGGCACCAGCGAACACACGCAGGUAAAAAAUUCUACACGUGUGAUAUUUGUGGCAAGAAUUUUGGUCAGAGUUCCGAUCUGCUUGUCCACCAGCGAAGCCAUACGGGCGAGAAGCCGUAUCUGUGUAGUGAGUGUGAUAAAUGCUUCAGUCGGAGUACAAACCUCAUUAGGCACCGACGAACUCAUACCGGUGAGAAACCAUUUAAGUGUCUGGAGUGUGAAAAGGCUUUCAGUGGGAAAUCGGACCUCAUUAGCCACCAGAGGACGCAUACUGGCGAAAGACCCUACAAAUGUACUAAAUGUGAGAAAAGUUACCGACACCGCUCAGCCUUCAUCGUGCAUAAGAGAGUUCACACGGGGGAGAAGCCCUACAAGUGCGGGGCCUGUGAGAAGUGCUUUGGCCAGAAGUCGGACCUCAUCGUCCACCAGAGAGUGCACACGGGCGAGAAGCCAUACAAAUGUCUGGAGUGCAUGCGCAGUUUCACGCGGAGCGCCAACCUCAUCCGGCACCAGGCAACGCACACACACACGUUUAAAUGCCUUGAGUACGAGAAGAGCUUUGGCUGUGCCUCAGACCUCAUUGUGCACCAGAGAAUUCACAUGGGCGAGAAAGCACACCAGUGGUCUGCAUGUGACAGCGGCUUCCUCCUGGGCAUGGGCUUUGUGGCCCAACCGAAGGUGAGAACUCAGGCGGAGGAGCUGCAUUACCAGUGCAGCGUGUGUGACAAAGGCUCCCGCCAGAGCUCAGCCCUCCUGCAGCAGCAGACAGUCCACAUCGCCGAAAAACCGUAUGUCUGCAAUGCAGGGGACAAGGGGCUUGAGCUCAGCCCCCCGCAUGCAUCGGAAGCCUCAGAAAUGUCUGGACCAGACAAGAAGUUGUAGCUGCCUCAAAACGUGUGUGCGUGUCCGGGAACUCAUAAGGUGAAGAACUGCAGGCAAAUGGCAGGCUUUCAUCAGAGCUCAGCGCUCAGUGGGGACCAGGAAACCUGCGCUUUGCCCAGACAGCACCCCUAACAGAACCGCCCAUCAGCCGCUCUGACCAUAAGCCUGACAAGGGCUGAGUCUGGAAAUCCUUGAGUCCGGGCCGUAUCUGAUCGCCCACCGAGGAUUCACCAGGUAGGGAACCUUGUGGGGCCGUGAGUGUGAGCACCUUCUCACAGUGCCCGAGGAGUUCACACCAGAGGACAGACUUUCAGGGGCUCCAGCGUGCACAGCUUCCGGGUCCAAAUCCUGGAAUGUGAGGAAAGGCCUCUGACACAGCUAAGGACCUUCUUAGCCGGCAGAGCAGCACAGUGGUGAAACUUCAGCUAUUUGUCUUGAAUGUGGCAAAGGCGUUAGAUGGAGAACCUUUUGGGGUUUGCAACAAAAAAGGCCAGUCUGAGGAAAGACCUUGUGAAGAGAAAAGCCGUCAGUGGUCAUCCCUUGGGUAUACCUGGGAACUCCCAUGAGUGGGAAAACCCAUACCUACUGCCGAGAAAAGCCUUGCUAGAAACCUCUGCCCUGUCGGGCCCCAAAGAAGCUGCUCUGCAGAGAAUUUGGCUCUGGUGAGAGAUCCAGGUGUGGACUGUGUACAUACAGUAGGUGUGAGAACAGCAGGCUCACCUAGUGACCCACGUGGUAGACGUGACUUCACAGAGUCAGUGUGGAAAGUUGUUCCGAUCCCCAGAAGCCUGGUCUGGAGAUGCUAGGACAGGUCUGAGUAGCCUGAGGGUCACUCAGGGAAAGAUGCUUUUCUUUCAUCUGAACCACUUAAUGAUUGCUUUACUCUCUUUCUCAAAUUUGGAAAUCCAAUAAAGGAAAGGACUGGAACCUUGUUCUGGAAGGUGUGGCAUAUUGUUACUGUUGGGGAAAGGAGUGCUGGCCUUGCCUCUUGGUUUUUUAUCGCUGGCUAGACUGGGGACUAGUGCAAGGGUAGCUUGGGGACCUUGCUGGUAGUGAAAAGAACUGAACAGCUGGGGAGAAGUUAGUUAUCCUGGUCAGGACUCCCCAGGUUUUCCCUUUGGAGAACCGACCUCACAGAGGCAUAAUACCCAACUUUUGGCUUAGUGAGUUGAGACAUGCCCUCAAAAGUUCCCUUUCGCUAAAAUGUCUUUCAGAGUAUCACUGGUAUUUGCAAUUUCUGCUUUAGAGGUUCAUCUCUUUUCAACUCAGAAAUGCAAAUUCCAGGAUAAUUGCUCUGAUGUUGCUGGUACCCACGUUUUUGUGACUUAAUGUAUCAUGUCGCUUUCCGCCAUAAGCUCUCCCCUCGGCUCCUUGCAGAGUGGCUAAGGGAAGACUGCAAGGAAGGUGAGGCCUGCACAGGCACAGAGUCACACGUAAUGGUGUAUUGUCAACGGGGAGCGGUACUUGAUUUUGACUACCCUGACUCCAAAGCUGGUGUUCUUUUUACUCCGCUAUCCUCCUGUUUAUAGUAAACUCAGUCCCAUAAUAAUAUGCCUCUCGUUUAUUUCAGUUCUGCCGAGGAAAGAGGGAAUACUUUUUAUUUUCAGGGAAAGGAUUGUAAUCGCCACAAUAUAAGGUAUUUAUUUGGCUUGGAAAGUGGGAUUCUAAAAGCAAGAAGUAGUUGGCAAAUUCAUCAGAAUUUUAAGGAUGAGCACUUAUCUCGUUUAGCAGGAUAAUUAUUAUCUAUAACAUCCCCUAGGAGUACUGGAACUAAUGCAGGACUCCAGAAAUGGGCACUUCUGAGCGGUUUGCCCCUCUGAUCAAGAGAAACAUAAUCAAUUCCUAGGAUUCCUGCAGUACUUGGGACUGGACUGGUAAAUAAAUAUUUUGUUGCUAGUCUGA